AUGAACCAGGCAGAGCCUGCUGAUGACCCAGAUCCCAGCCCUGAACCCUUGUGUGUGGUGUGUGGCCAAGUCCAUUCCCCUGAGGAAAAUCACUUCUACACCUACACAGAAGAUGUGGACGAUGACCUCAUAUGUCACAUCUGCUUGCAAGCAUUGUUAGACCCCUUGGACACUCCCUGUGGACAUACUUACUGCACACUCUGCCUCACCAACUUCCUGGUGGAGAAAGACUUCUGCCCUGUGGAUCGCAAGCCUGUGGUCCUGCAGCACUGCAAGAAGUCCAACAUCCUGGUCAACAAGCUCCUCAACAAGCUGAUGGUGACCUGCCCUUUCACAGAGCACUGUUCCGAGGUGUUGCAACGCUGUGACCUUGAACAUCAUUUUCAAACAAGCUGUAAAGGUGCCUCCCACUAUGGCCUGACCAAAGACAGGAAGAGGCGUUCACAAGAUGGCGGGUCAGACGGCUGUGCUAGCCUCACAGCAAUGCCACUCUCCCCAGAGGUUUCCGCAGCUGCCACCGUCUCCUUAAUGACGGAUGAGCCAGGCCUAGACAACCCUGCCUAUAUGUCCACAGCAGAGGAGGGCCAGCCAGCAAACAGCCCAUUGGAUACUGGCCGGAACAACCGAACUAGGACACGGCCCUUUGAGCGAUCUACUAUCAGAAGCAGAUCUUUUAAGAAAAUAAAUCGGGCUUUGAGUGUCCUUCGGAGGACAAAGAGCGGAAGUGCAGUUGCCAACCAAGCUGACCAGGGAAGGGAAAAUUCUGAGAAUACCACUGCCCCUGAAGUCUUUCCAAGGUUGUAUCACCUGAUUCCAGAUGGUGAAAUUACCUGCAUUAAGAUCAAUCGAGUGGAUCCCAGUGAAAGCCUCUCCAUUAGGCUUGUGGGAGGCAGUGAAACCCCGCUGGUCCAUAUCAUUAUCCAGCAUAUUUAUCGUGAUGGCGUGAUUGCCAGAGAUGGCCGAUUACUGCCAGGAGACAUCAUCCUAAAGGUCAACGGGAUGGAUAUCAGCAAUGUACCUCACAGCUACGCCCUUCGCCUUCUGCGGCAGCCCUGCCAGGUGCUACGGCUCACAGUGCUGCGGGAGCAAAAAUUCCGAAGCAGGAACAACGGACUGGCAAUGGACUCCUAUGGCUCCCAGGAUGACAGUUUCCAUGUGAUUCUCAAUAAACGCAGCCCUGAGGAGCAGCUUGGAAUAAAACUGGUGCGCAAAGUGGAUGAGCCAGGUGUAUUCAUUUUCAAUGUACUUGAUGGUGGUGUGGCAGACAGACACGGUCAGCUGGAGGAGAAUGAUCGUGUGUUAGCCAUCAACGGACACGACCUUCGAUAUGGCAGCCCAGAAAGCGCGGCUCAUCUCAUUCAGGCCAGUGAGAGGCGCGUGCACCUCAUCGUGUCCCGCCAAGUUCGACAGCAGAGCCCUGACAUCUUCCAGGAAGGGAGCUGGAACAGCCACGGCAGCCACUCCCCAGGGCCUGGGGAAAGGAGCCACUCUCCUAAGCUCAACCACCCUGCAGUCACUUGUCAUGAGAAGGUGGUAAGUGUCCGAAAAGACCCCAGCGAGUCCCUCGGCAUGACCGUGGCUGGGGGAGCAUCACACAGGGAAUGGGACUUGCCCAUCUAUGUCAUCAGUGUUGAGCCUGGAGGAGUCAUAAGCAGAGAUGGAAGAAUAAAAACAGGUGACAUUUUGUUGAAUGUGAAUGGGAUUGAACUAACGGAGGUGAGCCGGAGUGAGGCGGUUGCAUUGUUGAAGAGCACAUCUUCCUUGAUGGUGCUCAAAGCUUUGGAAGUCAAAGAACAAGAGCCUGAGGAAGACUGCAGCAGCCCAGCAGCCCUGGACUCCAACCACAACACGGCCCCGCCAGGUGACUGGUCCCCCUCCUGGGUCAUGUGGCUGGAAUUACCACGAUACUUAUAUAACUGCAGAGAUGUUAUAUUACGAAGAAAUACAGCUGGAAGUCUGGGCUUCUGCAUUGUAGGAGGUUAUGAAGAAUACAAUGGGAACAAACCUUUUUUUAUUAAAUCCAUUGUUGAAGGAACACCAGCAUACAAUGAUGGAAGAAUUAGAUGUGGCGAUAUUCUUCUUGCUGUCAAUGGUAGAAGUACAUCAGGAAUGAUACAUGCUUGCUUGGCAAGGAUGCUGAAAGAACUUAAAGGAAGAAUUACUCUUACUAUUGUUUCUUGGCCUGGCACUUUUUUAUAG